GCUAAAAAGCCUCUUCCCUCUAGUGUUCUUCAUCUAUAUUUGGCCAAACACCUAAAUCUGGAAAUUAGCGGCAAAGAAAUGUCUCUUCCGGUUUCAACAAUCCCAUCUCCUUCUCCUGCUCAUGAAACAAGCCAGGUCGCUGAACGCCGGUCGGGAAAUUUUCAUCCAAGCAUAUGGGGGGAUUACUUUCUCAAAUAUGCUUCUGACUCCAACUCAAUGAGUUCUCAAGGCGUAGCAAAGGAACGGAUUGAGAAAUUGAAAGGAGAAGUGAGAAAGAUGUUGACAAGCGCUAUGGAUAAGCCUUCGCAGAAGUUGAACUUAAUUGAUCAAAUUCAACGCUUAGGACUUGCCUAUCAUUUUGAAAUUGAGAUAGAUGAGCAGCUGGAACAAAUCCACAGAAGCUAUUUUGAAUUUCACUGUGGCGAUAAUGAUAACAACCUGCAUACAACCGCUUUACUCUUUCGAUUGUUGCGACAACACAGUUACAAUAUUCCAUGCGAAAUCUUCAACAAGUUCAAGGACAACGAAGGGAACUUCAGCAAAUCGCUCAUCGCUGAUGUGCAAGGAUUGCUAAGUCUAUUUGAAGCUUGCCAUCUAGGAUUUCAUGGCGAUGUUAUUUUGAACGAUGCACUUGCUUUUACUAUCACUCUCCUUGAAUCAAUUGACAAAGGAAAAGUAACCGGUAAUCUCAAAAAACAAGUGACCCAUGCCCUAAACCAGCCAAUCCACAAGGGACUGCCAAGGGUAGAGGCAAGGCAUUACAUUCAACUCCACCAAGAGGAGCCUUCACAUAAUGAAGUCUUGCUUUCCUUGGCGAAACUUGAUUUCAACUUAUUGCAAGAGCAACACCAGAAGGAACUUGGCAACAUUACAAGGUGGUGGAAGGAUUUAGAUGGAGAGAGAAAGUUUCCGUUUGCCAGAAAUAGGCUUGUGGAGCUGUAUUUCUGGAUGUCGGGAGUUUAUUUCGAGCCGGAGUAUGAAGCCACUAGAGAAAUACUAACCAAAGUGAUGGUGAUUGUUUCCAUAUUUGAUGAUGUGUAUGAUAUCUAUGCCACAUUGGAAGAACUAGAACUCUUCACGAAAGCAAUUGAAAGGUGGGCUGUCGAUGCCAAAGAUGGAUUGCCCGAGUACAUGCAAGUGUGUUAUAAGACACUUCUUGAUUUGUAUGAUGAAAUUGGCUACGAAGUGACUAGAAAAGGACAAUCAUACUGCCUCUUCUAUGCAAAAGAAGUGAUGAAAAACCAUAUGAGAACAUACUUAGCCCAAGCCAAAUGGUUCCAGCAAAACUACGUACCAACGAUGGAGGAGUACCUGCCCAUUGCAUCAUUAUCCAUCGGUUGUGAAUUGCUAUUAGGGACGUCGUUUCUGGGAAUGGGGGAUGUCGUAACAAAAAGUUAUUUUGACUGGUUAUUACUUAGCGACAACAAGAUGGUGAAUGCUUCGGGUGUAAUCUCUCGGCUCAUGAAUGACAUUGCUGGACAUAAGUUUGAGCAAGAGAGAGGACAUACAGCAUCUUCAGUGGAGUGUUUCAUGAAACAAUAUAAAGUUACGGAGCAAGAGGCUAAGGACGCUCUCCGUAAACAAGUGGUCAAUGCAUGGAAGGACAUAAACAAAGAGCUGUGCCAUCCGACCUCUGUCCCCAAGCCACUCCUUGUGCGAAUUCUCAAUUUUGCACGAGUCUUCCAUGUGGUGUAUAAUGAUGAAGUAGAUCACUACUCUCAUGCUGGAACAAAGCUCAAAGAAUUUGUGACUUCUCUUCUCGUCGAUCCAUUGCCAAUGUGAUGAUUUGGAAGAACAAGUUUAGUUACCAAGUGUCAUAGUUGCAUUAGAGAUUUUCGAAUUUGCUCUGUUCACAAGUUGACUUGUGUUGAAUAUUGCUCUUUUUCUGUUUGUCUUUUUAUCGUUUGGAAUGACUGCGUCUAUCUAUCAUCUAUACAGUUAAAUUCUUAAGCAGACCACAAGACGGUCAUGAUGUGGUGUAUAAUGAUGAAAUAGAUCACCACUCUUAUGCUGGAACAAAGCUCAAAGAGUUUGUGA